CUGUUCUCAAAAUAUUUGCUGUUCUUUUGCAGAUGACUCGGAAUGUUUCCCCAAAAGUCCCACUACUUUCAUGCAGGACGGCAGGACAGUAGAAGGCAGCAGAAUGAACGCCGCCGACACAGACAUCAUCUUCCGUCAACAGUUGAGCAUACGGUCACCCCGUUACAGCACCUGCUCACACCUACAGACACACAAACAGUCGAUCUCUCAACCUUUUCUACUCCAACAGUCACGCCUACAUCCACAUACAUACAGACAAUCGCCUCUGUCUGUACGCAAACAGUCCAACCUAUUUUCACGCCCAUAGUCACACCAGUGACAUCACUGCCCACGUACACCAGAAGGCCUGCUGAUGUGGUACGAUUUGUGUGCAUCAGUGACACUCACAACAGAACUGACUGUCUGCAUUACAGUAUACCCGACGGUGAUGUGCUGCUUCAUGGGGGCGACUUCACCAUCAGAGGGGAUCCACACAACGCACACGUCUUCAAUCAGUGGUUGGGACGUUUGCCCCACAAGUACAAGGUAGUCAUUGCUGGUAACCACGAGGAGCUGUUUGACAAGAACUUUUACCCGGUGCCAGCAGACCCCAAGAAAGUAUUGUCAAAUGCCAUCUACCUCCAGGACCAAUACACAUCAGUCUAUGGCAUCAAAAUUUAUGGUGCCCCAUG